AUGGCUGCUUCGUCGAAGAAAUCUGGGGAAGUCGAGCCCACAGCGAGCCGGCGGCAUCCGCUUCAGCGAUUUGACUCUCCAUCCAAAGGAUUUUCGGGCGCAUUGCACGUUGCUGGUCUGAUUAGCUUCUACAGUUCCUUCAAGUUCUUAAUUGAUAACCCAAAUGUCUUUAACUCCUCCUUCGGCUGGCACCUUCAAUUCCUAACCAUAAUCGGCCUCUCGCUUUCAACCCUAACCUUCCUCUUCGGCCUCAUCGCAGACCUAACCUCCACCGCCCUCUCCGCCUCCUCCACGCUCCCGUCAAACCCGCCUGCCGUCGCCCUCUCAGACCACCUGUUCCGGCUAAAGAACUACCUCGCGCUGGUGGCAGCGCCGAUUGAAGCCACCAUCAGCAUUCUGUACUGGACGUUGAAGGCUAUUGAUGGGAAGCUUUUGGUGCAACCUGAUAUCCCGCUACCACCAGCAAUCUACGACAUAGGAUUCCAUCUCGUCCCUGCUGUAGUCCUGGCCUUAGAUUACAUCCUGCUUUCUCCGCCAUGGCCUACCACGCCAAUGAAUGAGUCUGCGCCUAUGAUCACACUCGCUCUCUCCACCAUCACUGCAUUUACAUAUUGGAUCUGGAUCGAAAUCUGCUUUUUGCAGAAUGGUUUCUACCCUUACCCCAUUUUUGCGAUGCUCACGACGAAUCAGCGGAUUGGGUUGUUUGUUGUGAGUGGCGUGAUUAUGUGGGUGGUAGGUGGGUUGUUGAGGGUGCUGUAUGCGAGGAUUAAUGGUUAUGAGAGUGUGGAGCAUCUGGAGAAGGUACGACGGAAUAAGGUCAUGGGCGGUAGUGGGAAGUGGGAGUAA